AUGUUGGUGCUAAACUGUUCAACCAAAUUACUGAUACUGGAGAAAAUACUGAAGAAUCACUUUCCUGAAUCACUCAAGGUUUAUGGAGCAGUGAUGAACAUAAACCGUGGGAAUCCCUUUCAAAAGGAAGUGGUAUUGGAUUCAUGGCCAGACUUCAAAGCUGUUAUCACUCGGCGAUGGAGAGAGGCUGAGACAGACGAUCUUGACCAUUACACUAACGCCUAUGCUGUGUUCUACAAGGACGUCGGGGCUUACCGACAGCUGUUAGAAGAACGUGAUGUUAUUAACUGGGACCAGGUUUUCCAAAUACAAGGCCUGCAGAGUGAGUUAUAUGAUGUUACCCAAGCUGUGGCCAAUUCAAAGCAGUUGGAUGUAAAGCUAGCCUCCUUCAUGGCUGUUCGUUUUUCUCCUGUUUCAACUCUGCCAGAUACCAGUUUCCUAAUGGAGUCUCCCCCACGUCUAACCUACCUGAGUGUUGCCGAUGCCGAUCUACUCAACCAGACUUGGUCACGUGGUGGCAAUGAACAGUGUCUCCGGUACAUCACCAAACUCAUCUCCUGCUUCCCCAGUGUGUGUGUGCGUGAUGAGAAGGGAAACCCAGUCUCCUGGUCUAUCACAGACCAGUUUGCCACCAUGUGCCAUGGCUACACCUUGCCAGAGCAUCGCAGGAAAGGUUACAGCCGGCUGGUGGCCCUCACGCUGGCCAGGAAAUUGCAAAGCCGGGGGUUUCCCUCUCAGGGAAAUGUCCUGGAUGACAACAUGGCAUCCAUAACCCUCCUGAAGAGUGUCCACGCUGAGUUCUUGCCUUGCCGUUUUCACAGGCUUAUUCUCACCCCUGCAGCUUUGUCUGGCCAUAUUCGCCUCUAG